GUAUGUGUUCAUGUGCCGACCGACUUCUUUCUAUAUAACCUAAAAUUAUAAAUUUUGUCAUCUAAAGUUUUUACGCAAGUUUAUCACUUGAAUUUUUCGAAAAAAUGUGGAAAACUUUAAGUAAACUCGCGACAACUACUCUACAACCAGAGUCAGUACUUCAGCAACAACUGAGAACAACUUACAUUCUAAAACGGAGAUUUCCUCCUUUGCUACACAAAAAUGGGUCUCAUCCGAAGCGAUUGCGCAACAAACAUUUCAUUUAUGAUAUUGUAAAGGACACGUCCUAUGAACGGCAGCCUGACAUAGAUGUUAUCCUCACACAGUUUGUUGAUGGAAUUGGUAAAGUUGGUGAGAGAUUAACUAUGAGACCACAGGUUGCAUACAAUAGGCUGCUUUUGCCUGGCUUGGCUGUGUAUGCAUCACCAGAAAUGGUUGAAAAGUAUAAGGAGUUUGCUAAUGUAAAAGAUGAUGAAAAUCAUAGUUCCCCAACAGCUCAAAGAGCAGUCAAUGUAUUAUCGCGCCUGACAUUGACUGUGACAAUGAAUAAAGACAAUCCAUGGACACUCCAACCAUGGCAUCUUAAGAAUUGCUUCAGAAGAUGUGGUUUCCAUGUCCCAACUGACACAAUUACGUUGCCUAGUAGGGAAAUUAAAGGCCCUAAUAUGGAUUAUGAAGGAAAAGAGUUUUAUGUAACAGUAACAAUUAACAACCUGGAAAAGGUAAAUGUGCGUUGUAUUCUCCAUCAUUGGGCCACGGAUGUGUUAGAGCGAUUGCCGCAUGAUCAUGACUUCUUCAAGCGAAAGAAUGAACCGAUUUUUCCUGAAGAUGCCCCAGUUUUAGCCUCUUUACCCUCUAGACAAUUACUUGAGGAAGUUAAGGCGUAGGAUAAAUCAUGGUUUUGGUGGGAUCAUAAGGUUCCCAUCUACUAGCGGGAAAAAUAUGCUUAUUCCGCUCAUACCAACUCCUCAUCAGGACUUUCCCCGCGUGAGAUUCUUCUUUCUCAACAGUGGCAUCGCUCACAAGUCUGAUAUCAUCAUGUACAUCGAAUUGAAACAAUGGUCCUGACUUGCCUCUAGCUUUCGUUACAAUAAAAUCAUAAAAUGUGUAA